AUGGACCUGGACCUGGACGUUGACGUGGACGUGGACUUGGACGUGGACGUGGACGUGGACGUGGACAUGGUUGUGGACGUGGACGUGGACGUGGACGUGGUCGUGGACGUGGACGUGGACUUGGACGUGGACGUGGACAUAGACGUGGACCUGGACGUGGACGUGGACGUGGACCUGGACAUGGACGUGGACGUGGACUUGGACGUGGACGACUUGGACGUGGACGUCGACGUGGACAUGAACAUGGAGGACGUGGACGUGGACUUGGACGUGGACGUGGACGUAGACUUGGACGUGGACGUGGACGUGGACUUGGACGUGGACGUGGACGUAGACGUGGACGUGGACGUGGACCUGGACGUGGACGUGGACGUGGACGGGGACGUGGACCUGGACGUGGAUGUGGACGUGGACGUGGUCGUGGUCGUGGACGUGGAUCUGGUCGUGGACGUGGACGUGGACGUGGACGUGGUCGUGGACGUGGACCUGGACGUGGACGUGGAUGUGGACCUGGACAUGGACGUGGACGUGGACUUGGACGUGGACGUGGACGUGGACUUGGACGUGGAGGACGUGGACGUGGACUUGGACGUGGACGUGGACGUAGACUUUGACCUGGACGUGGACGUGGACGUGGACUUGGACGUGGACGUGGACGUAGACGUGGACGUGGACGUGGACCUGGACGUAGACGUGGACGUGGACGUGGACGUGGACCUGGACGUGGACGUAGACAUGGACUUGGACGUGGACGUGGACUUGGACGUGGACAAGGACGUUGACGUGGACGUGGAGGACGUGGACGUGGAGGAUGUGGACGUGGAGGACGUGGACGUCGACGUGGACAUGGUCGUGGAUGUGGACGUGGACGUGGACGUGGUCGUGGACGUGGACGUGGACGUGGUCGUGGUCGUGGACGUGGUCGUGGACGUGGACUUGGACUUGGACGUAGAUGUGGACGUAGACGUGGACGUGGACGUGGACCUGGACGUGGACGUGGACGUGGACCUGGACAUGGACGUGGACGUGGACUUGGACGUGGAUGUGGACGUGGACUUGGACGUGGACGUGGACAUGGACGUGGAGGACGUGGACGUGGAGGACAUGGACGUGGAGGACGUGGACGAGAACGUGGACGUGGACGUGGAGGACGUGGACGUGGACGUGGUCGUGGAUGUGGACGUGGACGUGGUCGUUGACGUGGACGUGGACGUGGACAUGGACGUGGAUGUGGACGUGGACGUGGACGUCUUCGUGGACGUGGACGUGGACGUGGUCGUGGACGUGGAUCUGGUCGUGGACGUGGACGUGGACGUGGACGUGGUCGUGGACGUGGACGUGGACGUGGAUGUGGACGUGCACGUGGUCGUGGACGUGGUUGUGGACGUGGACGUGGACGUAGACGUGGACGUGGACGUGGACGUAGACGUGGACGUGGACCUGGACGUGGACGUGGACGUGGACUUGGACAUGGACGUGGACGUGGACUUGUACAUGGACGUGGACGUGGACUUGGACGUGGACGUGGACGUGGUCGUGGACCUGGACGUGGACGUGGACGUGGACGUGGACGUGGACGUGGACCUGGACGUGGACGUGGACUUGGACGUGGACGUGGACGUGGACGUGGUCGUGGACGUGGACGUGGACGUGGUCGUGGACGUGGUCGUGGACGUGGACGUGGACGUGGUCCUGGACGUGGACGUGGACGUGGACGUGGACAUGGACGUGGACGUGGACGUGGACGUGGUCGUGGACGUGGACGUGGACGUGGUCGUGGACGUGGAUCUGGUCGUGGACGUGGACGUGGACAUGGACGUGGACGUGGACGUGGUCGUGGACGUGGACGUCGACGUGGUCGUGGACGUGGUCGUGGACGUGGAUCUGGUCGUGGACGUGGUCGUGGACGUGGAUCUGGUCGUGGACGUCGACGUGGACAUGGACGUGGACGUGGACGUGGUCGUGGACAUGGACGUGGACGUGGUCGUGGACGUGGACGUGGUCGUGGACGUGGAUCUGGUCGUGGACAUGGACGUGGACGUGGACAUGGACGUGUUCGUGGACGUGGACGUGGUCGUGGACGUGGACGUAGACGUGGACGUGGUCGUGGAAGUGGACGUGGACGUGGACGUAGACGUGGACGUAUACGUGGUCCUGGACGUGGACAUGGACGUGGACUUGGACGUGGACGUGGACGUGGACGUGGACUUGGACGUGGACGUGGACGUGGACGUGGAGGACGUGGACAUGGAGGACGUGGAGGACGUGGACGUGGACGUGGACCUGGACGUGGACGUGGACUUGGACGUGGACGUGGACGUGGACGUGGACUUGGUCAUGGACGUGGACGUGGACGUGGUCGUGGACUUGGACGUGGACGUGGUCGUGGACGUGGACGUGGACGUGGACGUGGACGUUGACGUGAACGUGGUCGUGGACGUGGACGUGGUCGUGGACGUGGACGUGGUCGUGGACGUGGACGUGGAGGACGUGGACGUGGACGUGGUCGUGGACGUGGAUGUGGACGUGGUCGUUGACGUGGACGUGGACGUGGACGUAGACGUGGAUGUGGACGUGGACGUGGACGUGGACGUGGUCGUGGACGUGGAUCUGGUCGUGGACAUGGACGUGGACGUGGACGUGGACGUGUUCGUGGACGUGGACGUGGUCGUGGACGUGGACGUGGACGUGGACGUGGUCGUGGAAGUGGACGUGGACGUGGACGUAGACGUGGACGUGGACGUGGUCCUGGACGUGGACGUGGACGUGGACUUGGACGUGGACGUGGACGUGGAUGUGGACUUGGACGUGGACGUGGACGUGGACGUGGAGGACGUGGACAUGGAGGACGUGGAGGAUGUGGACGUGGACGUGGACCUGGACGUGGACGUGGACUUGGACGUGGACGUGGACGUGGACGUGGACUUGGUCAUGGACGUGGACGUGGACGUGGUCGUGGACUUGGACGUGGACGUGGUCGUGGACGUGGACGUGGACGUGGACGUGGACGUUGACGUGAACGUGGUCGUGGACGUGGACGUGGUCGUGGACGUGGACGUGGUCCUGGACGUGGACGUGGAGGAAGUGGACGUGGACGUGGUCGUGGACGUGGAUGUGGACGUGGUCGUUGACGUGGACGUGGACGUGGACGUAGACGUGGAUGUGGACGUGGACGUGGACGUGGUCGUGGACGUGGACGUGGACGCGGUCGUGGACGUGGAUCUGGUCGUGGACGUGGACGUGGACGUGGACGUGGUCGUGGACGUGGACGUGGACGUGGAUGUGGACGUGCACGUGGUCGUGGACGUGGUCGUGGACGUGGACGUGGACGUAGACGUGGACGUGAACCUGGACGUGGACGUGGACGUGGACCUGGACAUGGACGUGGACGUGGACUUGGACAUGGACGUGGACGUGGACUUGGACGUGGACGUGGACGUGGACGUGGAGGACGUGGACGUGGACGUGGACGUGGACCUGGACGUAGACGUGGACUUGGACGUGGACGUGGACGUGGACGUGGUCGUGGACGUUGAUGUGGACGUGGUCGUGGACGAGGACGUGGACGUGGUCCUGGACGUGGACGUGGACGUGGACGUGGACGUGGACGUGGUCGUGGACGUGGACGUGGACGUGGUCGUGGACGUGGAUCUGGUCGUGGACGUGGACGUGGACAUGGACGUGGACGUGGACGUGGUCGUGGACGUGGACGUGGACUUGGUCGUCGACGUGGACGUGGUCGUGGACGUGGAUCUGGUCGUGGACAUGGACGUGGACGUGGACGUGGACGUGUUCGUGGAUAUGGACGUGGUUGUGAACGUGGACGUGGACGUGGACGUGGUCGUGGACGUGGACGUGGACGUGGACGUAGACGUGGACGUGGACGUGGUCCUGGACGUGGACGUGGACUUGGAGAUGGACGUGGACGUGGACGUGGACUUGGACGUGGACGUGGACGUGGACGUGGAGGACGUGGACGUGGAGGACGUGGACGUGGACGUGGACCUGGACGUGGACGUGGACUUGGACGUGGACGUGGACGUGGACGUGGACUUGGUCGUGGACGUGGACGUGGUCGUGGACUUGGACGUGGACGUGGUCGUGGACGUGGACGUGGACGUGGACGUGGACGUUGACGUGAACGUGGUCGUGGACGUGGACGUGGUCGUGGACGUGGACGUGGUCGUGGUCGUGGACGUGGACGUCGAUGUGGACGUGGACGUGGACCUGGACCUGGACGUGGAUGUGGACGUGGACAUGGACCUGGACCUGGUCGUGGACGUGGACGUGGACGUGGACAUGGUCGUAGACAUGGACGUGGACAUGGACGUGGACUAG